AUGGAAGAACUGUCUAAAGCAAACAGUCCACAGAGACAGACCUGGAGCAAGCAUAUAGAGUUCAUCUUAGCCGGGAUUGGCUAUGCUGUGGGCCUGGGAAAUGUGUGGAGAUUUCCGUAUCUGUGCUACAGGAGUGGAGGAGGUGCCUUUCUCAUUCCAUAUCUGAUCAUGCUGGUGUUGGUGGGAAUCCCCCUUCUUUACAUGGAGCUUGCUAUUGGGCAGUACUUGAGGCUUGGCCCAGUUCAUUCUUUAGCUAAAGUGUGUCCCUUACUAAAAGGAGUGGGCAUGGCCACGGUGGCGAUUUCUUUCAUCAUGUGCACCUAUUACAAUGUCAUUAUCACUUGGGCCCUGUAUUACCUGCUCAGCUCAUUUCAGAGCCCGCUGCCAUGGCAAAGCUGCAAUAACACCUGGAACGUCAAGGAGAACUGCACAGACCAGAUGACCAACAGCACUAUGGCAUCCACUGCCAGCCAGCAGUUCUUUAACUACAAGGUCCUGGAAAAGACAAGUGGAGUGGAGGAGUCAGGAGGUCUGCGCUGGGAACUGUUCGGUCUGCUCAUUCUGGCCUGGGCACUCAUCUACUUCUCAAUCUUUAAAGGUGUCAAAUCUACCGGAAAGGUGGUGUACUUCACUGCACUGUUUCCUUACGUCAUCCUGCUGGCUCUCCUGAUUAAUAACUUAUUACUUCCUGGGGCUAUGAAAGGGAUUCAAUUCUAUAUCAUUCCAGACUGGAAUAAGCUCACAGAACUGGAGGUGUGGGUUAAUGCUGCUGCACAGAUUUUCAACUCCAUUGGCGUUGCUUUUGGUUCUCUAAUCUCCAUGUCCAGCUAUAACAACUUUGAGAACAACAUCCUAAAAGAUACACUCGCCAUUUCCAUAACAAACUCUGCUACAAGCAUACUUGCGGGAUUUGUCAUUUUCUCUGCUUUUGGCUACAUGUCUCACCUACAGAACAUUCCUGUCAGCAGCAUCGCUGUAGACGGUCCUGGACUGGUGUUUGUUGUUUACCCACAGGCCUUCUCCACCAUGCCAGUGGCACCUCUCUGGGCAGUACUAUUUUUUGUGAUGCUUGUCUGUUUAGGACUUGACAGCCAGUUUGCAAUGGUGGAAGUAAUGGUUACAAGCCUUAUGGAUGGAAUGGGAAACACUCUUUUGAAAUACUUAAAACACAAAGAAGUUCUUGUUCUUUUCGUCUGCUUAGCGGCCUUCCUUCUUGGGAUUCCUCAUGUGAUGCAGGUUGGAAUUUAUACUUUUCAGCUGAUGGACCACUACACGGCCAUUGUGUCUGUUAUGUUCCUUGCUUUUUUUGAGGUUGUUGCAAUCUGCUGGAUAUACGGUGUCUGCCGCCUCUCUCAGAAUGUUCAGGAAAUGAUGGGAAAGGAGCCAAGCCUCUUUUUUCGCAUGUGCUGGAUUGUGGUGUCUCCAGGACUUGUCACGAUUAUCCUGGUUUUUACUGUUAUUCAGUUUAAACCAGCCCGUUAUGUGGAUUACAUAUACCCAUCAUGGGCCCAAGGAGUGGGCUGGGUAAUCAGUAUGGGGUCAAUUAUUUGGAUUCCCUUGGGAGCCAUGCACACUCUCUGGAUACUAAAAGGACCUCCAUUAGAGAGAUUAAAGAAGUCACUCACUCCUUUUGCUCUUGAUGAAACUGCAACAACCCAUAAAGAUCUGAACAUCCAGGAACUGCCGUCAUUCCAAGUGGCCAAUAUCUUCACUACUUCCCAAGAACAAGUUACAGUAUUCAAGAGUAGUUAUCUAUGACUUUUUUCAUUUCAAACUUUCAUCUAUAAAAGAAGGUUCUUC